GAGACGUUUCCUCAGAACUUCACAUUCAACAAAGUCAGAAGUUUGUUUGGAGUGAAGGUGACCUGCUGAGAGCGCCACCAUGCUGCCACGGUGUGUCUUGUUCCUCCUCCUGGCUCUUCUCGCUAUUUCCACAUCAGCUCCAGUUCCAGACUCUCCAGACUCUCCAGGAUCUCCAGACUCUCCAGACUCUGCAGCCAUGGCAGGACCAGACGACUCUCAACAUUCUGGGAAUGCUGCUGCGGCUUCAACGUCCGACAGUCCGAACACUGACAACCAAGGGAGCACCGACGCCACCUCUGGCAGCCAGGAUCACAGCAGUGAGGCCACAGGAGGUGAGGGUGUUGAAGCCCAGAGUACUGAGGCGGGCGGAGUCGAGAAUCACAGCAACGAAGCCGAUGGUGCCAAGGACCAGAGCAGCGAUAUCGAUGGUGCCAAGGACCAGAGCAGCGAGGGCGACGGUGCCGAGGACCAGAGCAGCGAGGACGACAGCAAGGACCAGAGCAGCGAGGACGACAGCAAGGACCAGAGCAGCGAGGUUGCCCGUGCCCAGGACCAGAGCAGCGAGGCCGAUGGCUCCAAGGACCAGAGCAGCGAGGCCGAUGGCUCCAAGGACCAGAGCAGCGAGCGACGUUGA